UCUAGAACCACAGACCCACUCGCUCUCCUCUUGAGUGAGCGUUAUUUAUUGUUUCUAUAAAACCCUUCAAACCCACCCAGCUCCAGAUUCUAUUUCGCAUAGCUCCAAUUUUCUUUCUACUACUUCUCUCUCUGCUCUAGGGGGUGUUCUGAGAUCACAUAGAACGAUGGUGAAGGCUGUUGCCGUGCUUGGCUCCAAUGAGGGUGUUAGUGGAACUAUAUACUUCGCCCAGGAAGGAGAUGGGCCAACUACAGUGACUGGAAAUGUUUCUGGCCUGAAGCCUGGACUUCAUGGUUUCCAUGUCCAUGCUCUCGGUGAUACAACCAAUGGUUGCAUGUCAACUGGACCACAUUUUAAUCCUGCUGGCAAAGAACAUGGUGCACCUGACGAUGAGAAUCGUCAUGCUGGUGAUCUGGGAAAUGUCACCGCUGGUGAUGAUGGAACUGUUAGUUUCACAAUUGUUGACAAGCAGAUUCCUCUCACCGGAGUACACUCCAUCAUUGGUCGGGCUGUUGUUGUUCAUGCAGAUCCAGAUGAUCUGGGCAAGGGUGGACAUGAGCUCAGCAAAUCCACUGGAAAUGCUGGUGGCAGAGUAGCUUGUGGUAUUAUUGGUCUUCAGGGCUAAAAUAUCUUUCUGCACCACCCUGGAAAACACAUGAAGGUGGAUGUAAAUGUUGUUUUUGAGGUUUGAAGAGGUUUAAAACUCUUAGCUGAAUGUUAGAAUAAGGAGAAGAACAAUAUGGGUGAAAUCUGGUUGAAUCUGUUUUAAGUGCUCCAUAAUUUUAUGUACUGUGUUUUUGUUGAAGACUUACUGCUUGUUUUCAUAGCGGUGGUUAACUUCUUUCUAAUAGUUACUUUCUUACAUUUUCUGCCAUAAA